GCUUGACAUGGAAACAAAUGGAUGAUAUAACUGCAGAUCUCAACAACUAUAACUAUUCGAAUUCGACAAAACCUCUGAGUCAAAAGAACUUCUGAAACACUUUCACAAUGCUAGACUCCUUCAUCCAAGCCCUCUCCCCGUCCUCCCGACGGAAAAACCGCGCCCUCCUCGACGCCCGCACGGCGAAAAACCAGGAGAUCUCCGGGGAAGAUUUUGAGCUGCUCUGCGAGUACGACCUCUUGGCCAGCCACUGUCCUCGCAACCUCUACGUGCUACUAUGCAUUGCAAAAGUGUGAGUAUCGUACUAGUAUGAAUUGCAAUACAAAUUGGCUCAGCAUUACAAGUUGAAUUUGUAAUGCGGAUUUAACUUGAGAAAGAAAUUUGUAAUGCAUGAAUGCGAUUAGAAGUACGAGUGCGAUACUUUUGCACAGGAUAGCUACCGGAUUUUCGCGAUCUACGGCACUGGCACGGCUUAUGGAAGCGUCAGGUUUGAAAUCGACAAAGUUGAAAUGAUUUGUCAUGCAUAAAAUGCGUGCCAGUUGGAACCCAGUUUCCAAUUGGCGCAUGACAAAUUUCGGUGGUCCCUAAAUCCAGUUUGUUAUGCUGUUUAGGGAAAAAAGAGCGAUUUUCUCAUGCUUCUUUAGCAGCUCCAGCUGUAACCCCAAACAGGCCAACAAUCGGCCUCACUUGCCUGCUCUGCAACACACGUACCUCGGGUCAUGCAUUUUAUGCAUUGCAAACUAUUUCAACUUUGACGAUUUCAAUCCUGACGCUCCCAUACGGCUGUUUGUUCAUCCACCGAGGGUUGUACAGGAAUUUAACCGUGAGGUUCUCGAUUAGCAUUCCGACAAUCAUGUUCCCGUCUAGUAGUACCUCAGGCGGAAUGAACAAACUACACUCGACGGCAAGAGGGGGCGCGCGCAGUGGUUCCACUGGCACUUCCCCAGGAGCGGAAAGUUCCGACCCAACCGCCAGCACUUUCUACCCACACAGCAUGCACGGCGUGGAGGUAAUUUUUCGUACCCACUUCCCCCAUCCGCUAGUCGAUCCGGAGACCGGGCGGCUGGACCUGGCACCCUUGGUGUUAACCACAAAUAACUACCCACAGAACAGGACAAAACGCAGACGACGGGGGGCGCAGCAGGAGCAGCAAGGCCCGGGAGGAGUGAUAAAUUCGUCCUCCACCUCCCCAGCGAAAUUGAUUGCCGGCGAGGCGCAGGAGCACCCGCACAGGAACUUGAUUCUCCUCUUGCAGUACGUGAAAGCGGUGUUUUUGAAAAAAGAAUUGAUCUUGCACGACGAGGAUCACGUGACUGGAACGCAUUUCCACCUUUUGAACCCCGAGUUCGGAAAAUUGUUGCACGAAAAACCGGAGAAAGCGAGGAAAGAAGUAGCCCUGGCGGUAGAAGCAAGUUCCGCGGAAAAAGCGCUCUUCAACGCACACGCAGGGAGUAUCGUGUUCCAGAGGCCUCGUGCUAGUACUAUGAUGAACACAAAUACUGCAGGUGGAGGUACUUCCAAAAAUAACCCUGAAACGAAAGGCGGCAGAGACGAGGACACGCUGGGCGAGCAGCUGCUGGGCCAAAAAACAAAAAGCGACGUCGACAAUAAACGCAGCAAGUCAGCAGCAAAAGAAAGUAAGAAGGACACCAGGAAGAGCAGUAACGAAAAGAAAAAGUCGCUCGAAAGAACGAAAACCAAGGAAGAAGAAGAUCCGCGUCGAGACUUUUUCCCGCGUGCUUUCGCGGAAGUGCUACAGCACCGAGAUCUGCGGCCGCGGGAGAAAAGGCACAUGCUCGUGGAGGCAUUUUUCGAGAAAUACUCGUAGAAGUCGCCGUAGAAGGAGGUUGAAGAGCAAGAUUGAUCUAUGUAUACUAGCACAACUAGAAGCUGCUUUAUUACACGCAUUGUGCCGAUGCGAACUACGUCAAAUAUAAUGAUCGCCCACGUCGACCUGUAUGAUCCAUAGUGCGCUUCUUCGAUGAGGUGUUGCAGCCCAAAGAGCUCGGAAAAUGAGAGUACUCAUACAUUAGCUGGCACGACUUCUUGCCGCGGCAAGGAAAUGAUUCUACUCACGUGCUUGGUGCGAAGAU